AUGCUUGAAAUACUGUCCAACCGCCUAUGUUUUCGGGAAACUAUCGAGGACCAGAAUAACCGCCACAGGCAGAAUAGUUCUGCGAAAGAACAGUUGGUGACGGUGGUUCCACUCGAGGCUUAUCCCGAAGAUGCUGCCGCUGCUGCUGAGGAAUAUCCGGAGCCCGAGGAGGUUCCAGUCGAGGCCUACCCCGAAGAUGUAGUUGCUGAAGAAGUUCCUGCCCUCGAGAAGCACGCCACUAAGCUCCACCUAACUCCACAUUUGUUAGAGAACCUUUACUUGUACGAAGACUAG